GAAGGUGCGUUAUGGAUUGGUCAGAAACCAUGUAAAGAAAUGGAGAAUCAUCUACUCAGUCUGAACAACUGGACAGUUAUAUGAUGUCAUCAAUUAAACUCGUGGGUGGCUGACCGUGAUGGGGAGAUGCUCUUCCAAACCUUGAUGUGACAUCUCUGACGUCACAACUCUAUCAGAGAACCGCCUCAUCAGUGUUCAGCCAAUUGUUGACGAGAAACUAGCGCCGACCCCGCCCACUCUCAGAAGGGAUGACAUCAUUUCAGAUAUAUCCAUGUUCAAAAAAGUCGAUAGCUAUGCAGCCAAAGCCCCCAAAUCCACAGAGCUUUCCCUACAGAACCUGUCCAGGUAUUUGUCCAAAGCCUCCAAGUCCAACUUGGGUCGUGUCCGGGCCUUCUAUUACUGGAUCUGUCACCACGUGGAAUUAGAUCUUCGAUCCUUUCUAAAAAAAACUACAAAAAGCCAGUGGCCGCUGAGUUUACGAUGCAUACCAAUGUAGCCCUUUGUUAUGGUUACGCAGAACUCUUUGCUGAACUCUGCAGGUUAUCCAGCAUCCCCGUAAAGACAAUCUAUGGAUAUCUUAAAGGAUACGGGUACAACCCAACAAAACCUUUCAAGUACGCCCAUUCGACCAAUCACGCUUGGAAUGCUGUUCACGUGGUCGGCCAGUGGUGUUUGAUUGACUGUACGCUGGGCGCUGGUACUGUUGAUGAGGAGGGUCAUUACAUCCGGGAAUUUGAAAACUUCUACUUUUUAACCGAUCCUGAUCAGUUAAUUUCGACACAUUUUCCAUACAUGGAGAAGAGUAGAAAAGAAAGCAGACCAUGGCAGCUUCUUCAGAAGCCGGUUACUCUGCAGGCGUUCAGUAAACAUGUGAACAGAACAAUCACAGCUUUUAAAUGGGGCGUGGAGCUCGUGUCUCAUAGCGAGGCUGUGAUUCCUGUGACGUUAUCCGUAACAGUAUUUCUAAAGGGAACUUCUAUAACUCUCUAUAACGUUUUAGCACGUUUAACGGACAUUAACGGCAAAAUACUGAAGAGAUACACAUUGGUGCAAAAUCCAGACCACAACUUGUUUUCAGUUCGAGUACGCCCUCCAAAAGUCGGGAAGUUUCGACUGACAGUUUUUGGAAGUACUGAUCAAAACGACACGACCCUUCAUGAGGUUGUGUCGUAUGUUUUACGUUGUAGACAAACGGAGCCAAUCGUUUAUUUAUAUCCCAAACACCUGGGUAUUUGGAUAUCUCGCUGUGAUUACCAAGACUAUGGAUUUGAGCCAGGGGCCGACUCCCCCAUGAUUAUAAGCCCUAAAGACGGUGAUUUGGAGCUUACAAUACCCACAAGAAAAGAUUUUCCUGUUACGUGUAGAGUGACGCAUUCCGAAUCCAAAAUAAAAGAUAUCGAAAAGUAUAUAUUGUUAGAGAAGGCUGAAAAUAUCCUUAAGAUUAGAGGUCAUCUGCCAGAGAAGGGAUUUUACAAGUUGCAGAUAUUUUGCAAAAGUGAUUUUGGACCUUACGAGCCAGUUUUGCUAUUCCUGAUUGAUUGCACAAGAGGUGCUAUGUUUAACGCAUUACCAUUUCCUGUUAUUUAUUCUUCCGCAACACAGUUUCACUGUCAGUUAAUAGAACCACUUGUGCGCGAGUUGCCAGAAGAGUCUUCGAUAAAUAUUCGAUUUCGUUCAAGUGAUAUAAUCAAAGCAGUUGUGAACGGUCGCAGAAUUGAAAAAGGGAAUGACAAUAUCUGGCGCUCCACUGUUCGUACACAUACCGCUGGCGGAAGUUUACGUAUCGCCGGAACAAACGAACUCAAGGGACGCUACUGGGUUUUGUGGGAAUUCACUAUUGUCAAGGGACCUAACUCUAUAGUGCUGGAAGAUAUUUUGACAGCAAGGUCAAAUACGUCACAUCCUCCGAUGACGCAACGAUCAGAAAACCAAUCAACGCAAAGAACGCCAAAACAUACAUCAAGAAUCAAGGAGAAAACAAUUAUCAUAAAGAAAUAAGUUGCCUCCCUUUUUAUAUUACUGUCUACUAAAUCAUAAUUACUAAAAUGUUUAACUAUAAAAGAUUGUAUUUUUUUGGUAUUUAAUUCAGUUAUGAAAUUUUAAAAUGCAUGCCCAAUGAAUAAUACAUACAUCUCAAAAAUUGAAAUAACAUUCAUGCUUUUACAAGUGCUUCAAAUUUAUUAAUAAAUGAUUUUAUUCAAACUUAAUUAACAUACAUGACACCAUUAAGUACACUGGUUGUGAAUUAUAGUAAUAUAACAUGUUUCCACUUACAGAUAUCUAACAAGCAGAAAUAAAACUUUUAUAGCAAAAUAAUUUUUCUAAUGAUAAAUAUUUCUACCUUAUAUGCGAAUGAAGCCAAAUUUGAAUUCUGAUAUGUGAACAUUAAGCUAUAAUACUGUUGAAUCAUUUUUAUUCGUGGGGAUCAAUGUUCGUGCGUAACCAAAUCUUUCCUGGUUUGUGGGGACGUAAUUUCGUUGGUAGCAGUUUCUACUUCGUAAAUAAAUAAACAAAUGCCUGUACAUGUAUAUACAUUCGUUGGGAUGUGAAUUCAUAGGCAAGGGUUACUCACGAAAGCCACCAACAUUGCCCCCCCCCCCUCCCACGAACAAUGAUGAUUCCACAGUACUUGUCAAAUAUUAAUAACGAAAUUCUCUAAUCAAUUAAAAUUUCUACAGACUUGUGACAGUAACAACACUUUAAUUCUGUUAUUGAAGUAGAUGAUCAAUGAUUAUCAAGAGAUCUGUAGGAUUUACUAUUAAAACAGCUAGAACAUAACUUCAACAUCAGACAAGGAUUAAUUGAUUUUUAAAAUCUUUGAUAACUAAUGUC